AUGGCAUUGUCAUGGCGUAAAGGCAAGGGACGAUUGCGACGAAUGACGCGAUCUAUCUUUCCCACGUUACUCGGUAUGAUCGUUGGCAUAUCUGCAACUUUGAUUUUCACAGCUGUAAGGCGUUUACCACAUGAUAUCUGCAGCAAGCUUUUGAUGCAAAAUAAAGAACCUCAGUUACUACUUGUUGGUGUGAUGACAGCAGCAAAAUACGUGGACACAAGAGCUUAUGAGGUUUGGAAAACAUGGGCACAGCAUAUCCCAGGAAAACUACUAUUUUUCGUAGCCGAAGGGACAGUAACCAUUCAUACUGAUAUGCCAGUGAUUCGUUUGAAAGGUGUCACUGACAUAUAUCCACCACAGAAGAAGUCAUUUGCAAUGUUGAAAUGGAUGGCCGAUCAUUACUUAGAUGAUUUCGACUGGUUUAUGCGGGCAGAUGACGAUUUGUACGUGCGGGGAGAACAGCUGGAGACACUGCUAAGGUCUUUGGAUUCGGAUAAGACGCAUUUGAUUGGUCAGGCUGGAUUAGGUAAUACAGCCGAAUAUGGGCAGUUAUCUCUUGGUCAGGAGGACAACUACUGCAUGGGAGGACCGGGCGUUGUGAUGUCCCGGAUGACUUUACGUCUUGUUGCUCCGCAUCUGCGUUCAUGUUUGACGGAAAUGUUCACUACACAUGAGGAUGUCGAACUGGGAAGAUGCAUUCGUAAACAUGUUGGUGUCACAUGUACAUGGAACUAUGAAAUGCAAACACUGUUUCACAAUAAUCAAACGGUAGCGAAUGCCUACCAAGGUAGUUUAACGGAGUUACGUCAUGCCAUCACGUUGCAUCCAGUCAAACAACCAUCAACAAUGCGUCGAAUCCAUGUUCACAAUCGUAUCCUCCGGCUCGCUAAAUUACGUUCCACACGUAUCACAUUAUUAAAUGAAUUGCCGAACCGGAAAGCACCAUCUCUUACACGUCAUAUCCCAAAUUCAACCCGUGAUCUCUUCCAUUGGGACUUUAUUUCAUCAAACAAUAUUUUAUUUUGUGCUAAAAAAGUGAAUUGUCCUAGGCAUACACUUGAUCUAAGCAUACGGAUGGCACUCAGUGAAAUUAUCACGCAGUUAUUCGAUGAAUUUAAUGCAAAUGCUCGACAACGAGGUCGCGUACUACGGUUUCAAAACAUCCAAUAUGGUUACAUGAGGGUUGAGCCACGUCAUGGUGUUGAUUAUGUGCUUGAUAUGGUAUUGUGGUUCAAGAAGAUCCGUCCACCUCACAAGGCAACACUUUCUGUUCGUCGUCAUGCAUACAUCCAGCAAACAUUUGGAUCGCUGGAAAUUAUAUCAGAUAGUUUUUUUCGAGACACUUUGCGGCAGCGCAUCAAUAAAGGUAUCCGUAUGUGGAAGGAAGCAAAUGAAUCAAGAGAUUUUGAUUGGAAACAGAUAAAAUUACCACCGGAAAAGUUUCACGUACAUAUGAUAUUGCCGCUUGCUGGAAGAGCCGAUUCUUUUAAGAGAUUUGCAAAUAACCUGAGAACCAUAUGCCGAAACAGACGGAUAUUUUCACUUAUUUUGGUGAUUUAUGAUUCGGUACCCGAUGUGGAUGCAGCAAUUGCAUCAUUGAUCGAUGAACUUAAAUUGGAAAUUGAUGUUAGGGUAAUCAGUAUGGGGUCACAACCAUUCAAUCGUGGCGUUGCACUCUCCCGCGGAGCUGACAUUUUGGAACCGGAAGCUCUGAUGUUUUUUAUAGAUGUUGACAUUCUUUUUACUUGUGAUACUCUUGAUCGGGUUAUACGCAACACUGUACGUGGUGCUCAGGUAUAUUUUCCUAUAGUAUUUAGCGAAUACUCACCAGAAACAUGGUCGGAUAGUGACCGACUACUUUCCGAUGCAUUUCAUUAUGGUCGAAAAAGGGGUUAUUUCCGACACUUCGGAUUUGGACUGGUAUCCAUUUACAAAUCCGACUUAGAUCUCAUUGGAGGCAUGAACUUGAAAAUACAGGGAUGGGGUAUGGAAGAUGUGGAUUUCUUCGAGAAAUGUGUUCGCUCACCUUUACAUAUAAUGCGUGCACCGGACCCAGGUCUUGUUCACAUCUAUCACACUAUACACUGUGCUGAAUCACUCCCGGAAAAACAGUAUGCCAUGUGCAUCGGUUCAAAGGCGGCAAGUUUAGCAUCGCUAGAUUCUCUAAUUGACCAGUUAUCUGUAUACUCUUAACACUUGCUCAACUUUAGAUUUUUAUCAAAAUUAAAACCAAUCCAGAAUUCAAGCUUAC